GGGCUUUGCCCCCAGAGAGGGCGGGGAAAUGACACAGUUGUUCCCCCAGCCCUGCGGGGCGGGCAGCAUGGUUCACUCCAGCAUGGGGGCUCCAGAAAUAAGAAUGUCUAAGCCCCUGGAGGCCGAGAAGCAAGGUCUGGACUCCCCGUCAGAGCACACAGACACUGAAAGAAAUGGACCAGACACUAACCAUCAGAACCCCCAGAAUAAGACCUCCCCUUUCUCCGUGUCCCCGACUGGCCCCAGCACCAAGGUGGGCAUUCUCUCUGGCCUCCACUUAACAUUCUGGGGUCCCGGACCCUGCCUCUCUCCUCCCCAGAUCAAGGCUGAAGACCCCACUGGUGACUCAGCCCCAGCAGCACCCCCGCCCCCCCAGCCAGCUCAACCACAUCUGCCCCAGGCCCAACUCAUGUUGACGGGCAGCCAGCUAGCCGGGCUCACGGCACUGAUGCCAGCUCAGCAGCAGCUCCUCCUGCAGCAAGCGCAGGCCCAGCUCCUGGCCGCCGCCGUGCAGCAGUCCAGUGCCGCCGCCGCCGCCGCUGCCGCCUCCUCCACCUCCUCCUCCUCCUCUUCCUCCUCCUCCUCUGCCUCCUCCUCGACCUCACAGCCCCCAGCCUCCUCGGGGGGAGGCGACCUGCCACCACCACAGCCUGCCAGCCAACCCCCCGGGACCCCACAGCUCACCCUGUCCCAGCCCAUCCAGCUCACAGCACAGGACAUACAGCAGCUCCUCCAGCUCCAGCAGCUGGUGCUUGUGCCGGGUCACCACCUUCAGCCACCUGCUCAGUUCCUGCUGCCACAGGCCCAGCAGAGUCAGCCAGGCCUGCUACCGACGCCAAAUCUAUUCCAGCUACCUCAGCAAACCCAGGGAGCUCUUCUGACCUCCCAGCCCCGGGCAGGGCUGCCCACACAGGCCGUGACCCGCCCCACGCUGCCCGACCCGCACCUCUCCCACCCGCAGCCCCCCAAAUGCUUGGAGCCACCAUCCCACCCCGAGGAGCCCAGUGACCUGGAGGAGCUGGAGCAGUUCGCCCGCACCUUCAAGCAACGCCGCAUCAAGUUGGGCUUCACGCAGGGUGACGUGGGCCUGGCCAUGGGCAAGCUCUAUGGCAAUGACUUCAGCCAGACGACCAUCUCUCGCUUCGAGGCCCUCAACCUGAGCUUCAAGAACAUGUGCAAACUCAAGCCCCUCCUGGAGAAGUGGCUCAACGACGCAGAGACUAUGUCUGUGGACUCAAGCCUGCCCAGUCCCAACCAGCUGAGCAGCCCCAGCCUGGGUUUCGACGGGCUCCCCGGCCGGAGACGCAAGAAGAGGACCAGCAUUGAGACAAACGUCCGCUUCGCCUUAGAGAAGAGUUUUCUAGCGAACCAGAAGCCUACCUCAGAGGAGAUCCUGCUGAUCGCAGAGCAGCUGCACAUGGAGAAGGAAGUGAUCCGCGUCUGGUUCUGCAACCGGCGCCAAAAGGAGAAACGUAUCAACCCCUGCAGCGCAGCCCCCAUGCUGCCCAGCCCGGGCAAGCCGGCCAGCUACAGCCCCCAUCUGGUCACACCCCAGGGGGGCGCCGGGACCCUGCCAUUGUCCCAAGGUUCCAGCAGUCUGAGCACAACAGUUACUACCUUAUCCUCUGCUGUGGGGACACUCCACCCAAGCCGGACAGCUGGAGGGGGUGGGGCCGGGGGCGGGGCUGCGCCCCCCCUCAAUUCCAUCCCCUCUGUCACUCCCCCACCCCCGGCCACCACCAACAGCACAAAUCCCAGCCCUCAAGGCAGCCACUCGGCUAUCGGCUUGUCGGGCCUGACCCCCAGCACGGGAAGCACAAUGGUGGGGUUGAGCUCCGGGCUGAGUCCAGCCCUCAUGAGCAACAACCCUUUGGCCACUAUCCAAGCCCUGGCCUCUGGUGGAACCCUGCCCCUUACCAGCCUUGACAGCAGUGGGAACCUGGUGCUGGGGGCGGCCGGCGCGGCCCCAGGGAGCCCGGGCCUGGUGACCUCACCACUCUUCUUGAACCAUGCCGGGCUGCCCCUGCUCAGUGCUCCGCCAGGUGUGGGCCUGGUCUCUGCAGCCGCUGCAGCCGUGGCAGCCUCCAUCUCCAGCAAGUCUCCUGGCCUCUCCUCCUCCUCGUCCUCGUCCUCGUCCUCCUCCUCCACUUGCAGUGAGGUGGCAGCACAGACCCCUGGAGGCCCAGGGGGGCCCGAGGCAGGGUCCAAGCCUGAGUGAGGGCCCGCCAUGCCUCCCCUCCUACUCCUCUGACCCCUGCCUCCGUCCCCCACCUGGGAAGAGGGCAAGGAGACCAAUGGUGGGGGCGCAGAGGGUCCUCGGAGCAGGAGUGACAAGGGAGGAAAGACCAAAAAAACAAACAAAACAACAACAAAAACCAACCAACCAAAAAAAGAAAGAAAGAAAGGAAACCAACCAACAGAAAAGAAAAUCAAAAAUAAUCACAAAGAAACCAGCUGCCCCAAAGGAACCAGAGGUGAAAAACAAACAUUAAAAAAAAAACAAACCAAAAACAAACAAAAAAUCCCUCACAAAACCAAACAAACCAAAAACCAGUCUCGAGCCAGACCUCGGUGUGCUCACCCUCACUGCUACGACACCAAAUAAGAACCCCAGCCAGGGGCAGAGAAGCCUUGGCAGGGUGGACCUCACGGAGCCCCUGGCUGUGGGGCCAAGCCUCCCCUAUCGGGGGCAGAGAAGGAAAAAGAGAAUGUGCCAGCCUCCCAGCCCCAGCCCCCAGCCCUGGGCCAGCGAAGACAGGGCACAGCCUGGGGCCGAUGGGGUAGGCUCAGAACCACCCACCAAAUAUUCUUUUCCAGAAGGUGAAAGAGAAAGGGCCUGAACAACCUUACACCAAAUAUUCAGUAGCUUCAUCCAAAGGAUGUACAGAAUUUUUAGCGUUUCGCUCAACAGAAUGUGUCCCUAUCAUGUGUCCCCCCUCUCCCUGGCCCCCAGCUCUCCCUACCUGGGCAGGAGGCCUUGCUUUAACCUCCUCCUUCCCCCAGCCAGGGGAGAGUUCAGGGGAAGGCCUGGGAUGACUUUUCACCCCUUGUACCUAACCCUUUUCCCUCUGGAGGGUGAGCUAGGCUGUUUUGCCAAGUUCUAGCUCCCACACGUCCCCCCUUAACCCUGUCACCCUCCUCUGCUCUGGAAUCUCCCCCCAUCCCUAGCUCAUGGGAAGGUGGAAAUUUCAGGCAAGAGGGGAUGAGGUGAGGGCAUUCAAGUUGUCUUUUUUUCCCAUCCUUGUCUGUCAGUUUCCCUGAAAAAAAAAAAAAAUUCAUAUUCCAGUGCCUAUCCGUGGGAUCCUUCACGUUCUUU